UCAAAUGUUGUGGAAGUUUAAUUUUUUGUAAACAAAAACUUUUAUUUCUUUUGCAUGUCAGAUUAUAGUUUAAAAGCAAAAUGCAAAAACUUAAAGCAGUUAAACAUGCUACUCUAACUGAUAGUGUCCUAAAACUUUUAACGCAAGGUCGCAUUAUCACUAUUUUAGAGUUUCUUCAAGAAGACAUUGAAAAACUUUCAACUUUAACAAAAUUAAGUUUACCAGACAUCAUUACUUUACGUAGUCAUAUAUUUAACAAAUACUCAGCACCUUUGAUCAAUGGAGCUACUCUGCUUAAAAGAAUUAAGACGAAAAAAAACUUUGUACAGACUGGAAUAGAAAGUUUAGAUCUCAUCCUCAACGGAGGUAUUCCUGUGGGACACAUAACAGAGCUGUUUGGCCUCGCAGACUCUGGCAAAACACAGCUAUGUUUCCAACUUGCUAUUAACUGUGUAAAACACAUUAAUGGUACAGUUCUUUAUCUAGAUACAAAAGGUGAUUUUUCUGCAAUCAGAAUACAAAAAAUAUUAGAAGCCGAAGGUCUGAAUCAUAAGGAAAUGGCAUUAGUAAUGUACAAAAUAAAAAUAAUACAUGUAUGGACAAUGGAUGAAAUUAUUGAAAUAUUACAGAAGAUCAAAAAUAAUUCAAUAGUUUUUGAUAAUCUAUCCUUGAUUAUUGUUGAUUCUUUGCCUUGCCUGAUGUUUCAGUAUCUUGGUGAUGAAAAUAAAAUUGGUUUGGCAUUGUUGAAUACUUUUGUAAAUUACUGUAGAUUUAUUUCGAAUGACAUUGAACUUGGUAUUGUCUGCAUAAAUUUACAGACAAGAUGGGUGGAUCAAGAUGUCUCAGACUUGGAUGAAGAAUACAAGGAACAAUCAACAACUCUGUACAGAGAAACAGCCUACAUAGAAAAAAGAAAUCGCUGCCUAGGGAAUUACUGGCGCCAUGUCCCAUCUGUAAUUUUAUUAUUAGAUAAAUCUCAACCAAUUUUGUGUGAUGGAAAACACAUUUGUUCACACUUAACAGUUACAAAAAUGAAGUCUGCUGAGGGUAAUAUUAAAAGUUGUAACUUACAAUUGAAUGCAUGUGGCAUUACUUCCAUAAGUAAAUAA